AUGGCUUUGCCUAAGAGAAUCAUCAAGGAGACCGAGCGUCUGAUGGCAGAGCCUGUCCCAGGCAUCAACGCUGUCCCUCACGAAGAUAAUUUGCGCUAUUUUGACGUCUCAAUCCACGGACCCGCGCAAUCCCCAUAUGAGGGUGGUAUCUUCAGACUCGAGCUUUUCCUUCCCGACGACUAUCCUAUGACCCCUCCCAAGAUCCGUUUCUUGACUAAGAUCUAUCACCCCAACAUUGAUCGCCUGGGUCGCAUCUGUCUUGAUGUGUUGAAGAACAACUGGUCUCCAGCUCUUCAGAUUCGCACGAUCCUUCUGUCUAUUCAAGCCCUGCUUGGAGCCCCGAAUCCCGAUGACCCGCUUGCCAAUGAUGUCGCCGAAAGGUGGAAGGAAGAUGAGCCUGCUGCGAUUCAAACAGCGAAGGAAUGGACCCGGACACACGCUAUGACUUGA